CUAAGUAAUGUGUCGAAUUAUAAACAUUUGUGAAUAACAAGGAACUGGGAAUCAACCCGAGUUCUCCCCAGUGCUUGUGAUCAACCCCCUUACUUGUAAUCAAAUUCUUGCUAUUAUUGUAAUAAUAACAAUGCUAGUGUGCUCUUUGGAAGCUAAUACACAGCAAGUUAACACACCCGCGACUGUUCCAAACAUUAAAAGCAACUGUUUGCAGCGGAACACCUGGAAUGCAUUGGUCAGGCCUGCAGAAAGUGCACACAAUAUGUUGGCUUGAAACAACAAUCAUGACUGGCGGGUAAAAUAUUGGAUCCAGUCACCACAAUGCGCAACAAAUGCAUUUAAGUGCGGUGCUGUCUAGUUUUCAGUUGUCAAGUUGGCAUGUUUUAGUGCUUUCAGGGACAGAAAUCCUUAAUAAUCAUCCCCAGUGGCUGCAUAUUUCUGUUAGUCAGUCUGUUCAGCAUAUUUGAGGCAUUUCUAUCCCAUUUCCUGCACCAUGCCAUGUUUUAUGAUGAUCCACUUAUGAGAAUGAGCUCAUGUUAAGAAUGAGCACGAAUCUAUUUUGUGCCACCCAUGUGUCACGGCUUCAUUUCAGUGCAAAGUGGUCAUUGCAGCCCCCUCCCCGGCCAGCCACUCCCUUUCUAGCCGGUGCUUCCCUUUCCUUCCCUUCUGUCUGGAUAUUCGGCCACUUCAUUCCGGGAGACAUCUCUCCUUUACUGCCACGCGCAUUUUAUGAUUGAUGCUGACGGAUUGAAAGUGUGAGACUGGUGGCAAAGGAUGUGGUGUGUGUGCGUGCGUGCGCACUCACUGCUGUGUCAUUGGUGUAUCAAAAACUCAGGGUCAGACCCAGCAGUGAGGACCUCUUGCAUGGGAACCCAGCACCCUUGGCAGCCUCCUUCUCUGUCUAGAGCUUGAGGCAAGCAUGGCAGGAUGAGCGUCCGCCAGCGAUGAUGAUGGCCAAAAAGCAAGAUGUCCGGACCCCCACCUAUAAUCUGGUCGUAGUUGGGCUGUCCGGUACAGAGAAAGAAAAGGGCCAAUGCGGAGUGGGAAAGUCCUGCCUGUGCAACCGCUUUGUUCGGCCAAGCGCUGAUGACUUCUACCUGGACCACACCUCUGUUCUCAGCACUAGUGACUUUGGAGGCCGCGUAGUGAACAAUGACCACUUCCUCUUCUGGGGAGAGGCUGGGAGGACCGUGGAGGAAGGGCCAGAGUGCCGUAUGAAUGUGGUGGAACAGACAGAAUUCAUUGAUGACCAGACAUUCCAGCCACACCGAAGCACGGCGCUGCAGCCAUACAUCAAGAGGGCUGCCUCCACCAAGUUGGCCUCGGCUGAGAAGUUGAUGUACUUUUGCACAGACCAGUUGGGGCUCGAGCAAGACUUUGAGCAGAAACAGAUGCCCGAGGGCAAGCUUAUGGUGGACGGCUUCUUACUCUGUGUGGAUGUGAGCAGGGGCAUGAACCGCAGCUUUGAGGAUCAGAUUAAGUUUGUGACAAAUCUGUACAACCAACUUGCCAAAACAAAGAAACCCGUGGUACUGGUUCUCACCAAAUGCGAUGAAGGAGUUGAGCGCUACAUUAAAGACUCGCACACCUUUGCUCUAGCCAAGAAAAACCUGCAGGUGGUAGAAACAUCGGCACGCUCGAACGUCAAUGUGGACUUAGCCUUUCUGACACUUGUUCAACUGAUUGACAAAAGUCGAGGGAAGCCCAAGAUAAUCACUUACUUUGAGGCACUGAAACAGCAAAGUCAACAGAUUGCCUCAGCAAAGGACCGCUAUGAGUGGCUUGUCAACCGAAUUGUGAAGAACCACAAUGAGACGUGGCCCUCUGUCAGUCGCCGCAUGCAGUCAGCCCCAGAGUACAAGGACUAUGUCUUCCUUGAAGGGACAGCUAAAGCCAAGAAGCUCUUUCAACAGCAUGUGCAUAGACUAAAGCAAGAGCAUAUAGAGAAACGGAGGAAGGCCUAUCUAAGUGCUUUACCACAGGCCCUCUCCGUACUGUUACCACAGUUGGAUGAAAUCGACCACUUGAGCUGGUCUGGAGUUCAGAAAGUGCUGGAGACGAAGAGAGAUUUCGCCCAGUGGUUUGUCGUUUUAGAUGACACCCCAUGGGAGACCACGCCACACAUUGACAACAUGGAGGACGACCGCAUCCCCCAGGACCUCCUUGAAACUCGCACAGCUCAGGCUAUUUACGAGACUCAUCUGGAGCAGCUAAGAAACGACCGCAAACGUGCAGAAAUGAGAUGGGAAUUCAAGGAGAAGCUGAGUGUCUCGCCGUUCAUUACUCCAGGGAAACCCUGGGAGGAGGCUCGGAGCUUCAUCAUGAAUGAAGACUUCUACCAGUGGCUUGACGAAGCGGAGUAUCUGGAUAUCUACAAUAAACACCAGAAAGAGAUUAUUGACCGAGCCAAAGAGGACUUCCAGGAGCUGCUUCUUGAAUACUCUGAGCUUUUUUAUGAGCUAGAGGUGGAUGCAAAGCCAAGUAAAGAAAAAAUGGGAGCAAUUCAGGAGGUUCUGGGUGAGGAACAAAGGUUUAAAGCCUUACAGAAGCUGCAGGCAGAGAGGGAUGCUUUGGUAUUGAAACAUAUCCACUUUGUCUACCACCCGACAAAGGAUACCUGUCCCAACAGCCCUCACUGCGUGGACUCUAAAAUUGAGCAGAUACUGGCAUCCAGAUUCCCCACUCGCUAUGCAUCACCAGAUAGUUCAAGACUGGAUGGGGGUAGGGCAGAAAGGAUAAAUCUGGUCAUACUAGGUAAAGACGGGCUUGCCAGAGAGAUGGCAAAUGAGAUAAGGGCAUUGUGUACCAGUGACGAUAGGUACUUGUUAGAUGGAAAAAUAUAUGAGCUAGCCCUUCGUCCCAUUGAGGGCAAUGUACGUCUGCCAGUCAAUUCCUUCCACACGCCAACCUUUGCACCUCAUGGUUGCCUGUGUUUGUACAACUCAAAGGAAUCGCUCUCAUAUGUGGUUGAGAGUUUAGAAAAGCUUAGAGAGUCAACCGUAAGUAGAAGGGACAGAGAAAAUCUUCUUGCCCAACUCCCACUUUCCCUCCUUCUUGUGACUAAGCGUGGGGUUGGUUCUAUAGGGGAUAUUGGAGGAGAAACCGCUCAGACUCUUAUCCAUCAGGGACUGCUGGUGGCUGCAAAGCUGCAGUGUUGUUACCUGGACCCAGCCUCACCAGGCAUGGGUUAUGGACGCAAUUUCAAUGAGAGGCAUCUCAACCAGAUGUUGAAGGGCCUCUUAGAGUCUCGGAGAAGCGUAAGGAGCAGCUCACCACCUUUACCCUCUUCAUUGUCCACCCUCAGAGACUCUCAGUCCCAACCAGUUCUAGAAUCAGACUUGAAGGUUGUCAUGUGUCUAAUGUGUGGAGAUACAUAUGAUCUGGAUCAACUCCUUGCUCCUUUCUUGCUACCCCAGCAUUGUCGCCCUGCUGCCAGCCUCAACAGUGGCACUUCUGUCCUGCUGGAUUUGAGUAUAGGUGGCCAGAGACAGACUAUCGAGUUGUCUUUGCUGUCCUUCCAUUCCUCAUUUUCCCUGCGCAAGACGAGGCUCGUCCACGGCUACAUUGCAGUGUACUCUGCACGCAGGAAAGCCUCCUUGGAGACUUUGUGCGCUUUUCUGUGUGAGGUUCAAGACAUCAUUCCAGUCCAGUUGCUUGCAGUCGGGGAAAGCCAGAUGGAGCUUUCAGACUCAGAGUCAGCCAAGGAACAGGUCAGUCAGGGAGAAGAACUCGCUCAUGAAAUUGAGGCAAGGUUUAACACCGCAAUAUGCGGGCAUGGAGGUGUCGUAGGCGGACUUCAUAAGAUUGACCUUUUCCAAGCGUUUCUGAAGGAGAUAGUGGAGAAGCGCACAAUUAUUGAGGCAACACACAUGUAUGAUAACGUGGCUGAAGCAUGUACCAAUGAGAGCACCAGUCCCCGUUGCGGCUCGCCCAGUCCAGUGAACAAUCUUAUGGACUCUGAGGAUGACAUCGACCCAUCGCCACCCUCCUACCCUACCUUGAGGGAGGACGGAAGUCUUAGCUCCCAUCUUGGAAGCUUGAAGCUAACGGAUUUGGAUUCAAGUGAUACGUUUUCUGUCAUUUCUGAGCUCAGCACUUUUGAGAGCAAGCUGAACAACAAGGUGCCUCCACAAGUGAAACCCAAACCUGUCCGGAAGGUCAAUCUAGGCCCUUACAUGGAACAGCAAGUUGGCACCAACCGCCGCUCCUUGCCCCAAGCUGUCACCUGGGCUCCCGGUAGCGAUGGUGGCUACGAUCCCUCAGACUACGCCGAGCCUAUGGAUGCCGUAAGCAAACCUCGACAUACAGAAGAGGAGAGUAUUUACUCCGUCCCUCAUGACAGCACACAGGGCAAGAUCAUUACGAUCCGCAACGCCAACAAAGGUCACGCCAACGGGAGCGCUGGGGGGAACGGGUCUGACAGCGAGGCGGAUAGCAGCUCGCUGGAACGUAGAAGAAAGUUGUCGGCCAUUGGGGUAAAGCCUAAGCUUUACAGAGACAGAUCCAAACGGCUUGGAAAGUUCAGCAGUUUUAGGACGAGCUUUUCAAUUGGCAGCGAUGAUGAGAUGGGUGGCCCACCCAAGGCUAGCCAGGACGAUGGAGGAGCCCAGAAGGACAACUCCACUGAGGAGAAUGAGGACCCCAAAAGGAGGAAUAUCCUGAAGAGCCUGCGCAGAAAUACAAAGAAACCUCGAUCCAAACCCAGGCAUUCCAUCUCCAAACCUAUUGAGAGCAACUACUUCGGUGUGCCGCUGGUUGCCGUGGUAACUCCGGAGAGGCCCAUCCCGGUGUUUAUUGAGAAGUGUAUAAGAUUCAUUGAAACAACAGGCUUGAGCACGGAGGGCAUCUACAGGGUCAGCGGGAACAAGGCGGAGAUGGAGAGCAUGCAGCGUCAGUUUGACCAAGAUCAUAACCUGGACCUGGUGGAGAAAGACUUCACUAUCAACACAGUCGCCGGGGCCAUGAAGGCCUUCUUCUCGGAGCUGCCCGAGCCUCUGGUGCCCUACAGCAUGCAGGGAGAGCUGGUGGACGCCUUCAAGAUCAACGACAGGGAGCAGCGCUUCCAGACGAUGAAGGACAUCCUCCGCCGCUUCCCCAGGGAGAAUUACGAGGUCUUCAAAUAUGUUAUCAGCCACUUGAACAAGGUGAGCCAGAACAACAAGCUGAACCUGAUGACCAGCGAGAACCUGUCCAUUUGUUUCUGGCCCACGCUGAUGAGGCCCGACUUCACCACCAUGGACGCGCUGACCGCCACCCGCACCUACCAGACAAUCAUCGAGAGCUUCAUCCACCAGUGCGCGUACUUCUUCUACAAUCAGCCGCUGGCCGAGGGCCUGCCGGGCUCGCCCACCUCCACGCUCUCCUACGGCGGCGGGGGCGGCACCUCGGCGUACUCGUGCGUGGCCGGGGGCUACUCCUCCUCGCCGACUCCGUCCCCUCCCACCCCUUACGUCCUCCCGGCGACGCCGCCUGUCAUCCCUCACUACGGCCCCCCCAUCCACCAUCACCACCACCAACAGUCGCCACCCCGUUCCCCGCCUCCCACUCCCCAGUCGCCCAUCCCCGCUCUGCUGCCGCCCUCCCUGCACCCCCAUCACCCCCCUACAGAACAACACACGCUGUGAAGCAGGGAGGGUUCGCUUGCAUCAUCACCCGUCAUCUAGACCCGCCUUCCUCGUCUUGUUUGGAGAGAGCCCAGUGACGCGGCUGCCGCUCGUCACAACCCGACAGGAUGUUCAACCACCUGAGUUCACUCGAGGCUCCGUGGAAGCACUGCAGAAGGGGGGGUCAAAACAAAAACAAAAAAACCCAACCAACCGGAUCUGCAGAUUGGAAUGAUGGUGCACUCACUCACGCCCUUUCAGGCGUUCUCUCCGUGUGAGCUGCAUCAAGUUACACAUAAAGUUUGCUUGUAAUCGCAUUGACUUUCCACCCCCUCCCCCUUGCUGGUGUCUUCUGUGUGUGUGUGUGUGUGUGUGCUUGUGCGUGUGCGUGUGCGCGUGCGUGUGCGUGAGUCAUUGCUGCAGUUCUCCGAGCAAGGACCUUCUUCAAAAAGCACUUUCCUGAGCACUUUCAAGGCACAUUUAAAAAAAAAUAAAUAAAUAAAAUACUGGA